AUGAACAUGAGUGUGAAAAAGGAGAAACGUAGUAAGAAGCACAAGGCUUCCUCCAAACGUAGUGAAGCCCCUGUCACGGAUGAUCAGACUGAUAAACCUAAGACAAAAGAGCAUCGAAUCGACAUUGGAGGGGAUGAAAAGUCAGAUUUGCUUGGUUACGUGGUUUACUUGGUGAAUCUCAUUUUCGAUACAAGAAAGAAUGCCCCAACUAUUACUAUUGAUAUUGCCGACCAGGAAACUGUUGCUGCUAAACUCACUAACAAGCUUGCAGGGUUCAAAUUAGAGGUAGUCAAAACAUCAUCUGUCGGCCAUGCUAAAAAGUUGGAAUCUACCGUUGAUAUCAGCACAUGCCCUGAUAGAAUAAUAUGCGUUGGUGGUGAUGGGAUAAUUAAUGAGGUUCUGCAUGGCCUGCUUAGUAGAGACAAUCAGAAAGAAGGAAUUUCUAUACCCAUUGGAAUUAUACCAGCAGGUUCAGAUAAUUCACUGGUUUGGGCUGUUCUUGGAGUUAGAGAUCCAGUCUCUGCUGCGCUUUCUAUUGUGAAGGGAGGUCUUACAGCUACAGAUGUUUUUGCUGUUGAGUGGAUUCAGACUGGUAUUAUUCACUUUGGAAUGACGGUCUCCUAUUAUGGUUUUGUCAGUGAUGUGUUAAAACUUUCUGAGAAAUAUCAGAAGCAAUUUGGUCCUCUACGAUAUUUUGUUGCUGGGUUCUUCAAGUUUUUGUGUUUGCCAAAGUACAACUAUGAAGUGGAGUACCUUCCUGCAGAAAAAGAGGAUCGAGAAGGUCAAGAAGUAGUUGACAUGUCAGACCUGUACACAGACAUUAUGAGGAGGUCAAACAAAGAAGGCAUUCCUAGGGCCUCGAGUUUAUCUAGUAUUGAUUCAGUAAUGACUCCAAGCCGAAUGUCUGGAGGUGAGAUAGACACUUGUAGUAGCAUUCAUGCCAGCUCCGAACCAUCUGAGUUUGUACGAUGCCUUGAUCCUAAGACUAAACGGCUAUCAUCUGGAAAAAGAAAUGUAACAGCUGAGCCAGAAGUUAUUCAUCCUCAGUUACCACUCUCAUCGACUCUAAACUGGCCAAGGACCAGAUCUAAAUCAAGGACAGAUAAAGGAUGGAGUGGAUUGACUGCAGCACAUGAUCCUUCGAGAUGUUCUUGGGGUAAUGCUGCAACAAAUGAUAGAGAGGAUAUAUCUUCGACAUUGUCUGAUCCUGGUCCAAUUUGGGAUGCUGAACCAAAGUGGUACAACGAGGCUAAUUGGGAUGUGGAAAAUCUGAUUGCGUUACCAGGGCCAUUAGAUGCUGAGUCAGGAAUAAACAAGGAAGUUGUUCCAAGACUUGAAGAUAAAUGGGUUGUGACCAAGGGACCAUUUCUUAGCAUCAUUGUGUGCAACCAUGCAUGCAGAACAGUGCAGAGUUCUCAGGUGGUUGCUCCAAGAGCUGCACAUGAUGACAACACCAUGGAUAUGCUUUUAGUUCACAGGACCGGGCGACUGAGGAUGAUGAGAUUUUUUUUGCUGCUACAGAUGGGUAAACACGUUUCACUGCCAUAUGUUGAAUAUGUCAAGGUGAAAUCAGUUAAGAUUAAGGCUGGGAAACACACACAUAAUGGUUGUGGCAUUGACGGUGAGUUUUUCCCCCUCAACGGACAAGUAGUAUCGUCUUUGCUUCCGGAACAGUGCAGACUAAUUGGUCGCUUCCCCGAACGACAUGUAUAAUGAUUAAAAGAUGUGCUUUUUGAAAAUUUCUUUUUGUCGAUGCCGAUGCUCUCUUCUCUACUAUUGAGUAUCCUUAUACUAAACAAUGUCUUGUGAUAUAUUUUACAUGUUAAUCCCUCCCCAUUUGCGCCAUUAUACAUACAGUGAGGAUCCCUGUAAAUUUUUGUUGGGUUUAUGUAUCUUUUGCAUGUUUAUUUAACUUUUUACUCAUGGUAAAUACGUUUUUCUCUUGUUUGA